GUUUUAAGCAAACGACCAAUAUAUCCUAGAAAGUAUGGGUCUUGAAGCUUGGUUAUAUCUCUUCUCCGUCCUGGCUAGUGCAGGAUUGCUAUUCACUAUGGUAUUCUUCAUCAUCAUGUUCAGCGAUCUUGAGUGUGAUUAUAUUAAUCCAAUAGAUCUCUGUAACAAGUUGAAUAACUUCGUACUACCUGAAGCAGCUUUCCAUGGAUUUUUGACCAUCUUGUUCUUGAUAUGCGGUCAAUGGUUGACAUUUAUUAUAAACGCACCAUUACUUGGAUUUAACAUUAGAAAGACGAUCAACAACAACAACUUCUACGACGCAACAGAAAUAUUCAGAACACUCUCCGUUCAUAAAAAGGAAUCAUUCUUGAAGUUAGCAUUUUACUUGAUUUCCUUCUUCUUCUACUUAUACAAAUUAAUAGUCGCUUUAAUAGCAGAAGAGUGAAUGUAAAUAUAAAUAUUUUAUACACACCUUUGAU